AUAUUAUUUUGCAGAUGGCCCAGAUUUGGAAGACUCGUCAUAACUGUAUUAAUGUUAACAGGAAUUAUCAUGUAUAUAGUUGAUGUAGUUUCGAACAGAUAUUACGUGAUGUUUGGAAUACCUGCAGCUUCUGAGAAAACUUAUAAAUAUGUUGCUUAUAACUAUCUUAAACCAUAUUAUUCUCAUCUUGGUACUUAUUGUUUUGGUGCUUUGAUUGGAGAUAUAUUAAGAAAGAAGAAAAAGGUCACAUUUGGAAAGAUUACCGUUUUACUUUGUUGGACCGGAUGCAUUGUCUUAAUGACAUUAUCAAUUUUUGGAGCGCAUGGUUAUAAGAAAAAUAUUAUGGCCAACGAAAAUAUAAUCAUCGCCUUUCAGUGCAUUGCUCCAUUUGCUUGGACCGUAGGAUUAGCUUGGUUGACAGUGGCUUGUGUCACAGGUCACGGAGCUGAAGUAAAAUACAAUUUGCUAAAUGAUACAUCGCUUAUCUACUAUUUAAAGAAAUAA